AUGUCUGACGUUCAGAAGCCUGUUGAGGAGACCCCCGCGGUUGUUCCUGCCGUCGAGGCUCCUAUUGAGACUCCUGUUGAGCCUACAGCUGAGGCUCCCGUUGAGGAGACCCCUGUAGCUGCUGAGGAGACCACUGCUACUCCUGAGGUACCAGUUGAGGCCGCUGCUGAGCCCGUUGAGGAAGUGAAGGAGGAGAUUAAGCCCGCCACUGAGGGUGUUCUCGGUUACAAGGCCCCUGGUCUGGUCAAGGGUUUCCGUUUCGCCAAGCGCUUCUUCUACUUCCAAGACGAGCCCGUUGAGGCCAAGUCUCUGUCUACCUUCCACCAGAACGAGAAGCCCGCUGUUUCUCACCCUAUCGCUGCCUGGGCCAGCCAGACCGGCAAGGGUCUCCUUUUCUUUGUCAAGCGCGCCGAGGACAAGGCUACCCCCGCUGGUAUCUUCAACCUCGCUGAGGUCACCGAAGUCAUCAAGGAGAGUCACAACGAAUUCAUCUUCAAGGUUUCUGGCCACAAGUACACCUUCCAGGCCUCCACCACUGCCGAGCGCGACAGCUGGUUCGUCGCUAUCGAGGCUAAGGUCGCUGAGGCCAAGGCCGAGAAGGAGACCAUCACCUCCAGCGAGGGCUACAAGGCUGAGUUCGAGAAGCUGACCAAGCCCGCUGUUGCCGUCGCUGCUGUUUCCCCCGCCGCCAAGAAGGAGACUACCGAGGAGACCCCUGCUGAGGAGGCCGCCACUGAGGAGGCUGCUGCCACUGAAGAGCCCGCCGCUGAGGACAAGGCCGCUGCCACCAAGAGCCGCUCCCAGUCCCGCAAGCGUGUCAGCAUCUUCGGCAAGGUCCUCGGCAAGAAGGAGGAGGAGAAGAAGGAGGAGGCCGAGGUCAAGGCCGCUGAGCCCACCGAGGAGACUGCUGCUGUUGAGGCUACCGAGGAGACCACUCCUGAGACCACCGUGGCUGCUGCUGAGGCCGCUCCUGCUGAGGAGGCCGCCGCCGAGGCUGAGGAGCCCGAGGUCGCUAAGGAGGAGAAGAAGGAAGAGAAGAAGAACAAGCGCUCUUCCAUCUUCGGCAACUUCUUCAAGGCAGUCAGCCCCUCUCACGAGAAGACUGAGAAGGAGGCUACCGCCCCUGCUGAAGAGACCGUUGUCGCCAGCACCGCUCCCCAGCUCGAGAACCCCGUGGAGGAGACUGCUCCUAUUGAGCCCGAGGUUGUCGCUGCCGCUGAAGUUGAGACCCCUGCUGCCGCUGAGACCUCUGCCGCUGAACCCGUGACCACCCCCAAGGACAAGUCUCGCCGCACAUCUUUCUUCGGCUUCGGCAAGAAGGAGAAGAAGGAGAUCUCCGACUCCGAGGCUGCUGAGGAGACCAAGAAGAACAAGCUUGGUGGUCUUUUCCGCAAGCCCAGCAAGGCUGUAAAGCUCCCCAAGGAGGAGGAGGCCGCUCCCGUUGAGGCCGAGGCCAAGACCGAGGAGACUGCUGAGACCACUGAGGCUGCCCCUGCCGUCGAGGAGACCCCCGCUGUCGAAGAGACCAUUAAGGCCGUCGAGGCCUCCGUCGAGGAGCCCAAGAACGUUGAGGUCCCUGCCGCUACCCCCGUCCAGGCUGCGGCUUAA